UCAGACUUUAAAUUUAAAUUUGAAGGGAACCGUAAACAGUUUGUCUUUAACUCUGAGAUAAGACUGGACAUUUCCAAAGCUAUUCAAGCUAUUAAAGACGAUAAUAGCGAAUUAGCAGAGUCGACGCUCACGAUCUGUCUCGCUCAUUUAGACGAGAGGAAUAAGAUUGUUAAGAUAGCGGACCGUCAUGGUUGGGACACGGUUGCUGAGUACGAAGAUGACCCUAUUUGUGACGACGCUGAUGAUUCUUCUAAGUUGCGUCAGGCUGAGGCCAGAGCACAGAGGAAACGGAAGGCAAAAUCUGCUAGCCGUAAUACGAAUAAGCCGUAUGAACGUCCAGGUCUUGGGCGGGGAAGCGGAGGCAACACGGGGAACGUCGAUCUUUUUCGAGGCUUUCAAAGUACUGGAGAAAUGGGAGAGUUCCCUUUCUACGCCCAAAGAGGAGCGGUUAACGGAAGUAUGCCUGGAGCGCCCGGGGGUUUCCAUCCCUCCUCAGCAGGACCGGUCAACAAACAAAACUCGACCUGUUUCUACUGCUACGGGGCCGGACACUGGGCCAGCAACUGCCCGAGGAGAGUCAGAACCACCCCAACCCACACCCAGAGUGUCCCCGCAAUCAAACAAUGAAGAUCAGAAGAUGAACACUGUGUUAUUAGGGCCAGUUUGGUCAGAGGGUUGA